CACAUCGAGAUCAGUCAGAAUUCGGCGCUGCUUCGUGGCGCAGAGAAGUCAACCACCAAGCUCCCAGCAGCAACCGCAAGCACAAGCACUCAGUCGGAAUAUGUUCAAGUUAUUUGGUAUAAUGCUGUUGACAGCAACUGUGCUGGCACGCCCCGAGCCACCAGUGAACUCUUACUUGCCUCCCUCGCCCGGCGAUAGCUACGGCGCACCGGGUCAGGGGCAGGGCCAGGGACAGGGUGGCUUCGGCGGAAGACCGUCGGACAGCUAUGGUGCUCCAGGCGCAGGCAAUGGCAAUGGAGGCGGACGGCCAUCGAGCAGCUAUGGUGCACCGGGUCAGGGACAGGGCAGGCCCUCGGAUUCUUAUGGCGCUCCUGGCGCAGGCAACGGCAAUGGAGGCGGACGUCCUUCGAGCAGCUACGGCGCACCUGGUCAGGGACAGGGCGGCUUAGGCGGACGCCCGUCGAGCAGUUAUGGAGCACCGGGUUCUGGAAAUGGCAACGGCAAUGGACGCCCGUCAAGCAGCUAUGGUGCUCCUGGCCAGGGACAAGGUGGCAAGCCAUCUGAUUCCUAUGGUGCUCCUGGAUUGGGCAACGGCAACGGUAAUGGUAAUGGACGUCCUUCAAGCAGCUACGGCGCUCCUGGUCAGGGUCAGGGUAGUUUCGGUGGCAAACCCUCUGAUACAUACGGCGCUCCUGGCGCAGGCAAUGCCAAUGGUAACGGACGGCCCUCAAGCAGCUAUGGCGCUCCUGGUCAAGGCCAAGGCGGAUUCGGUGGCAAACCCUCGGACUCGUACGGUGCUCCAGGUGCUGGCAAUGGCAAUGGUGGUGGUCGUCCAUCGAGCAGCUACGGCGCACCAGGCCAGGGUCAAGGACAGGGCGGUUUCGGUGGCAGACCCUCCGAUUCAUAUGGUCCGCCGGCAUCGGGAGCUGGCUCAGCCGGUGCUGGUGGUCCCGGUGGUGCAGGUGGUGACUACGACAACGAUGAGCCCGCUAAAUACGAAUUUAAUUACCAAGUUGAGGACCCUCCAAGUGGUCUCUCCUUUGGUCACUCAGAGAUGCGCGACGGUGACUUCACCACCGGCCAGUACAAUGUUCUGUUGCCCGAUGGAAGGAAGCAAAUCGUUGAAUACGAGGCGGACCAGCAGGGCUAUCGUCCACAGAUUCGGUAUGAAGGUGAUGCCAAUGGUGGUGCUGGCGGUGCUGGCGGUCCAGGUGGUCAGGACUUGGGUCAAAAUGGUUACUCUAGCGGUCGUCCAGGUGGCCAGGAUCUUGGACAGGGUGGUUACUCCGGCGGUCGUCCCGGCGGCCAGGAUUUGGGCCAGAAUGGUUAUUCCGGUGGUCGUCCCGGCGGUCAGGAUUUGGGUCAGAAUGGCUACUCCGGUGGUCGUCCCGGUGGCCAGGAUUUGGGCCAGAAUGGUUACUCCGGUGGCCGUCCCGGUGGCCAAGACUUGGGCCAGAAUGGCUAUUCCAGCGGUCGUCCCGGUGGUCAGGAUUUGGGUCAAAAUGGUUAUUCUGGCGGUCGUCCCGGCGGCCAAGACUUGGGCCAGAAUGGCUACUCCGGUGGUCGCCCAGGCGGUCAGGAUUUGGGUCAGAAUGGUUAUUCGAGCGGACGUCCAGGCGGUAAUGGUGGCUCCGACGGCGGCCGCGUAAUAAUCGGCGGACGUGUGAUUGGUCAAGACGCUGGCGAUGGCCAGGGAUACUCGAGUGGUCGGCCCAAUGGUCAGGAUGGCGGCUUCGGGCAGGACAACGUCGAUGGUCGGGGUUACUCUAGUGGCAAGCCAGGCCAGGGACGCAAUGGCAAUGGCAAUGGCAGCAGUUUCGGACCCGGUGGUCAAAACGGCGACAACGAUGGCAGCGGCUACAGAUACUAGACGAGACAAGUGAACACCGAACCAGACAAGACACACACUAGCUAGCUAUUUCAGACGAGUUAUGGAAAGACGUAGAUCAAUAUCUAGAACUUAAGCGACACCUUAGAACUAUGAACUAGUUACCAUUACCAUUACCAAUAGCCGUCAAACGGACACAUCCGAUCUAUCGCCCCGCACUCUGCUCUAUACAAAUCUCACGCUAUCUCAGACUAUCUUUCUCGUCCCAUCUUCAAUUUCACUUAGGCUAAGUUCAACUUGUAGUUGCAUAUGAGAAAAAAUAUUUCGCUUAAGCGAAUGAGAACAAAAAAAUAGGAGGAGGAAGAUGAUAUAUAAAUCAAGUUUAGCAUAAGCAUUGUUUGUCAAUAAGUAUGUGACGUAAUAAAGACAUAUUUUUAU